CCUGCAGCGAUGUCGUCGAAAAGAUUUGCCUUCUGAAACCUCAACGAGAGACUCGAUCGGACCUUGCAGCCAAAGCCAAACCGCAGGGUUGCGUAACCUCGUCUUGGCUUCUUUGAGUCCUCGUCUCGGUACAGAGGAAGGAAAACAACCAGGAACACACUCUUGCCUACUAGUAGAAGUCGUGCUAAUCCUAAAUUCAUUGAUUCCAAGAUGAUGAAGCUCUCCGCAACUGUUGCCGCCAUGAUGGCCGUUUCGGCCUCGGCUUUCUCCACCACUAGCCAGACCUCCAGUAGCACAUCGCUGAACGCAAUGCCCGACCGACUUUGGGACACCAUGGUCGAGAAGGGAGAGCGCUCUGCUUCUGUUCCUUUCUUGCCCCGUGCCAAGGCCCUCGACGGAUCCUACGUUGGUGAUGUUGGCUUUGACCCCUUCUUCCUUUCCUCUAUCCCCAAGAACUGGGCUGGAAUCAUCCAGCCUCCUUCAUGGGAAGAGACAGGAGGAAUUGAUACCCUCUACUGGAUGCGUGAGGCCGAACUCAAGCACAGCCGUGUGUCCAUGCUUGCCUGGUUCGGAUGGUUGGCCACGGAUGGUGCCUUUGGAUUCCCUCUUCGUUUCCCCGGAGAGAUCUACCAGAGCAUCCCCAACUCGUACAAUGCUCAUGACAUCCUUGUCGAUCAAGGAUCCAUGCAGUUUAUGCUUUUGGUUGUUGCUGUUCUGGAGUUCACCUCUAGUGCUGCCCUUGUCCAAGUCUCCAAGGGAGAAUUGGACCGUGAAGCUGGAGAUUUUGGAUUGGACCCCUUGGGCUUCUUGAAGGGAAAGAGCAAGGAAGAGAGUGACAAGAUGAAGCUUCGAGAAAUCAACAACGGACGUCUUGCUAUGCUUGCAUUCGGAGCAGUCUCCACCCAGGCUGCCUUGGGUGAGGCCACCCAAGACUUCCCAUACUUCUAGAUUGCUUUUAGAUAGGAAGCUACUCGCUUGGCUACUCUCUUUGGGUUGACUUGCUAGUUGACUGCCAUUAAACUGUAUAGGCUGGUAUGUGCGCGCUAGACAAAGAAUAAUUGCUGUGCACCAGAGCAAACAAACUUGCAUCUACCUAGCUACUAGACUAAACUUUAGGGGCAUGAAGAUGUAGCUACAGUACCUGUGAGUCUUUUCCAACUGAUGAUAAGUCGUCAUGAUGAGCA